AUGGCCUACACGCUAUCCCUGUCAUCACAGCAAGAGCAGUGUGUCAUCAUCAGUGGACACAGUGGAUCAGGUAAAACAGAAGCUGCCAAAGCAAUUGUACAAUAUCUGACCACGCUGUACCAGAGAUCAGACUGUCACAGGAUCAGACAGCCCUACAAUGUCCUACCAAUCCUGGAGAGUUUUGGGAAUGCCAGAACCAUCCUGAAUGACAACUCAAGCCGUUUUGGAAAGCUUCUGAAUGUCUAUCUGCUACAUGGUGUCGUGGUGGGAACAUCCAUCUCCCAGUACCUGCUGGAGAAGUCCCGUGUGGUAUUUCAGGCCCAUGGUGAGAGGAACUACCAUGUGUUUUAUGAGCUACUGGCUGGGCUGCCUAUGGAGCAGAAAGAGGAGUUGUACUUGCAAGAGGCAGAGUCUUACUUUUACCUGAAUCAGGGCAGAGCCUGUGACAUCCUGGACAAGGAGGACAGUCAGGACUUUCUGGUCUUGGUGCAAGCUCUGGAGGGAAUCAGCCUCUUGGAUGAUCAGCUGACCUCCACCUGGGCUGUCCUGGCUGCCAUUCUGCAACUGGGGAAUAUCUGCUUUACCUCCUAUGAGAAAGAAUCCUAUGAACAUGCAGCCAUUGCCAGUGACACGGAGAUUCAGACUGUGGCCAAUUUGUUGCAUGUCUCGGCAGACUUCCUGCAAAGUGCUGUCACUCACCGUGUAACUGUGACAUCUUAUGAUCGAAUCUUCACUCCUCUGUCUGUAGAAGGAGCCAUCGAUGCCAGGGACUCCAUUGCCAAGACUCUGUAUUACCUGCUCUUUGAGUGGCUGCUGCUGAGAAUCAAUGAGUGGUUGGCUCCCCGGGAAUCAGACUGUUCUGUGGGAAUUGUGGACAUACAUGGGUUUGAGGAUCUAGGUGUGAACAGCUUAGAGCAACUCUGCAUCAACUUUGCCAAUGAGCAUCUCCAGCAUUUUUUCAGCCAGACUGUCAUUGCCCAGGAAGAGGCCACUGACCACACUUUCCUCCAAAAAUGUCAUUACCAUCAUGGAAACAGCCCUUGGUAUGCCAAGCCCAACAUGCCUUUGCCAGUCUUCACUGUGAAGCACUAUGCAGGCCCUGUCACCUAUCAGGUCCACAAGUUUCUUAAUAAAAACCGUGACCAGCUGCGUCCAGAGGUGCUGGAUAUCUUCUCUCAGAGCCACCUCAAGGUGGUGUCUCACAUUUUCCAGAAGGCUAAAUCUGCCUAUAGUCAGCAAAGGGAGCUGGGGGUCAGAGGCAAAGGGCUCAGGCUUCAGGCUUCCACACUGGUGUCCAAAUUCCAGCAGUCUUUGCAGGACCUCACAGCCAAGCUGAGAAGGAGCCAUGCGUUCUUCAUUCGGUGCAUCGCCCCUAAUCCAAAAAAGCUGUCAAAUAUCUUUGAUGUGGAGUAUGUCACUUGUCAGCUGCGGCAUUCUGGGAUACUGGAGGCCAUCCACAUUGGAAAGGAGGGCUACCCAGUCCGUCUUCCAUUCCAGAACUUCCUAGCCAGGUAUGGGCUCCUGGCUGAGCGAGGGCACAACUGCUUGGAGGAGAGAGAAAGCUGUGCGGCAGUGCUGUCUCAUGUGGUGGGGAACCCCUCAGAUCUCUAUCAGAUUGGAGUAACAAAGAUCUUUCUGAAGGAGGCGGCCAGGCAGCUUCUGGAGAGACGAUGGAGCCAGAGGCAGAGUUGGGCCAUUGUUACCCUGCAAAGGAACUUCCGAUGCCUCCUUCGCCGCAGACGCCUCCGUGUCCUCCAGGAGAAAGUCACAAUCAUUCAGGCUCACUUCCGAGGUUACCAGGCAAGGAAGCGUUACAGGAGGCUGAAGAAGACUUUGGUGCAAUUUGAUACCAUGAUUUUAAUCUCCAGACUUUUGAUUCAAAGGAAGAAGCACUGCCAGCAGAAGUUAGAGGAAAGGAAACGAAGAAGGAAGUCCCUGGCCAGUGGUGACACAGAGAACAUUCCCAACCAAGGAAUGGAUGUGGGAUUGCUGGAGAUCCCUGCAGAGCUUGCUGCCCUCCUGCACUUAGCUGAAGGUCAGUACCAAGCACAGGCCAACCAGAUAACUGAGGCAUUGCCUCCAGAAGUCAAAGUCAAAGAUGAUCUUUCCCUCCCACCCACCAUCAACAGCUAUCCUUUCUCCUCCUUCAUUAAGUCACACUUCCAGAAGACAGAUUUCCCUGCCCCCGGUCAGCCUCUGCAGCACCCCUUAACCCAUCUGGAUGCUGAAUACCAGGAGAGUGCGCUUGAGAUCAACAAACUGAUUUUGCGGUUCAUUGGUGACAAGGAUCUCCAUGGCUGGCAGCAGGUACUUCUGGGCAACUACAUUGCUGGGAGAGGUUUGAAUAAUGUGGCUCUGCGCAAUGAAAUCUUCAGUCAGGUGGUUGCCCAGACAUGGAAGAACCCAGACAUGGAGCACAGCCAGCGAGCUUGGGUCCUGAUGGUGACUUUGCUGAGCUGCUUUGCUCCUUCACCAGCACUGGAGAAGCCACUGCUGAAAUUUGUGUCAGAUCAUGGCAUGGAGGGCUACAAUGCUGUUUGCCAGCGCAAGAUCUUGACAGCAGCACAGCACACUAAGAUAGACUCUACAUUCUCUCGGGCCUACCCUCCCACUCAGCUGGAGUGGACUGCAAACCAGAGGAGAGGGAAGAUGGUGCUGGAUGUUCAUACUUUUAAUGAGGAAAAGUUCUCAGCUGAGGUGGAGUCCUGGAUGACUGGAGAGCAGUAUGCAGGCUGGAUCCUGAGUGCAAGAGGCUGUGAUAAGAAGUCUCAAGGGUGGUCUAUCUCCAUGUUUACUGGCAACACAUGGCAGGACCUGCUGGGCUGUGACUUUGUGCUGGAUCUCAUUGGAGAGAUGGAAGAUGCCAGCAACCUCAGCAGCACCUCUCAGUCCUCAGCUGAGUAUCCCAUCACUCCUGAAAGGAAGAGAAGCUUCCUCCAGAACUCUGACCUGGAUUUGAUCCCUCCUGCUCCAGGCAUACAGGCCCCUACUUUCCCACCGCCUAGCCUGCCUCCAGAAUUCAACAAUCUCCAUCUAGAUCAAAGAUUCAGAGAUAACCUGAGGACCCCUGUAGGCUUGGAUCACUAUGUGGAUGAUCUCUUCAGCACUGUGCUGCAUCAAGGCUCCAGAGUACCAGAUAUGGAGAACAGGGAGAGUCUGACUGGACGCAUGAAAGGAGGUGGGAAGAUUGGACCCACACAGAGAGGAAUCUUUCCUUCUACAGGCUUCUCUGGAAUGACUCAAGCACCAGUUUACCAGACCAUGCCUUCGAUGAUGGGGAUGCCAGCAGCCAUGCCUAUGAUGCCAGCAGCUGGUGGGAUUGCACCUAUGCCAGCCAUGAUUAUGCCCCAGCCUGUGAUUCCAGCUGUGGAUCCCAAUCAGUUAACAGCACAACAGCAAGCCUUUAUCAGCCAGCAAGCCAUGCUCAUGGCCCAGCAGAUGACCCUUCAAGCCAUGAGCAUUUCCCAGCAACAGCAGCGGUGGCAACAAUCUCUUGAGAACUCAAGGCCACGAGUCUCAGGUCCACCACAAGCCCAAGGCCCGGCUCCAGCCUCAGCUCCGUUCCCAGCCACUUCCCCGAAACCCAAGAAGCCUCCCAGCAGCCAGAACGUGGCACCACCACCAAAGGCUUCAGAACCACCAGCUAAGGCAGAAGAACUGGUUUAUAACUACAUGGAACACCAGUUCACCAAGAGUGAAGGUGAUGACUAUCCUCGGGAAACUUUCCAGCAGAAGAGAGAGUAUUUUCAGAAGAUGGCUCCUGCUUCCCCUUUGCCACGUCCUGAGCCAAAGCCAAAAAAAGAGACACCAAAAGUGGAGAAGGAGCCACCUGUAGUGAAGCCUGCAGGCCUCGAGUCGCGGCCUGCACCCAGCCGGGAGAUCCGCAACAUCAUCAAAAUGUACCAGAGCAGGCCAGCCCCUGAGCCCCAGCCUAUUGAGCCUGUGAGGAGAGUGUCCAAGCCGUUUAUAAAGAAGAAUGACCCCAAAAAUGAGGCUCUGGCCAAGCUGGGAAUGAUGAACCUCCCAUCUCCCAAAUCACCAUCCCCCCUGCCACAAGAGAAGAGAACACCUCCACCUCCCAAGCCCAAGCCAGUCUCAGCUUCCAGCUCUAUCAAGGAGAAGCAGUUGCCUCUCCUGUCCAUCUUCAGCCAAGAGAGUACCCCACCAGGUUCCCAGGCCCCUCCUGCUCCCCCUCCUCCCCCACCAUUGCCUUUGCCUCUCCUGCCUGGGAACCAAGGCCGGCAGGAAUCCACAGGGAAGGACUCUACUGUAACAGUGGCAGAAGAUGACGGUAUCAAGACCCAGCUGUACAAGCUCACUGCCAGUGUCAGCUUUUCCUAUGUCAACCCUGCCUGGAAGAUUUUUCUGCGCAAAGAGGUAUUUUACCCCAAAGAAAAUUUCAGUCACCCUUAUUGUCUGAAUUUGCUGUGUGAACAGAUCAUACGUGACACCUUCUCUGAUUCUUGCUUUCGGAUCUCCAGGGAGGAGAAGCGCAAGAUGAAAGACCUGCUGAUGGCGUUCCAGGUUGGCAGUGAUGUUCAGUCCAUUCAGGAGGAUGGGAUAAAGAAGAGGAUUGUACUGGCUGCUCGGGAUAACUGGGCUAACUAUUUCUCCCGCCUUUUCCCAGUUUACGGUGAAAAUGGAAGUGAUGUCCAGAUCCUGGGUGUUUCUCACAGGGGCAUACGUCUGCUGAAGGUGGUGAAAGCAGCUGGCUAUAAUCCUGAGCACCUGAAAAUUCUUCGCAGCUACAGCUUUGCAGAUGUGCUGUCAGUGGAACUGAAGGGCAGCAGUGCCCUGGAAUUCUCUCUGAAGACAGAGCAGCUCUUACUGCACUCUCCAAAGGCUCCAUGCAUCAAGACCAUGGUAGAACUCUUCAUCCAAGAGCUGAGGCAGGACACCAACUACGUCAUUGCUCUGCGCAGCUACAUCGCGGAUGACAAGAGCCUUCUUAGCUUCAAGAAGGGUGACCUCAUUGAGUUACGGCCCAUGCAAGGCGUGGAGCCAGGCUGGCAGUUUGGGUCCACUGGUGGCCGCUGUGGUAUUUUCCCCACCAGCCUGGUGCAAUUGGCUGCAGCCCCUGAUUACCUCAGCACUAGCAUGGACAGACAUGGAGAGCUGCAGAAGAGCAUGAAAGCUUCCCCAGAGAGAAGGAACACCAGCAGGGAGAGUUCUGUUCCCAGCCUGACAUCAGAACCUGACAGCAUCAUGUUGGUCCCUGCUGGUGACCACUAUACCAUGAUGGACUUCGCCACAGCCUACUUCCGAGAGGCUUGGCCCACGCAGGGACUGAAGGGGACGUCUGCUGAAAAGAAGAGUGAAAUGGACCUGGUCCGGCACACCAAGGUCCCAAUCCAGGAAUCUUUGCUCUGGUACUCUGAUAGUGAGUUGAAUGAGCUUGCUACAAAGAACUUCAAGACUCUGAUGCGGUUCAUGGGAGAUGAAUCAAAACUCAAGAACCAAAGUGAGGUUGAAUGCAUCUAUGAAAUCCUUCAGCUGUGCAAGGAGAAGGAGAGUUUGCAUGAUGAAGUCUACUGCCAGGUCAUCAAACAGGUCACCUACAACCCUAACCAGGAGAGUGUGCUGCGUGGUUGGUUGCUCCUGUAUCUGCUGACUGGAUACUUCCUCCCUUCUAACAUCCUGAUGCCCUAUGCCACCAAGUUUCUGCAGCUAGCCAGCAGUGAUCCGUCUAGCACCCAUCAAGAUAUAGCCAAGAGCUGUCAGAGCAACCUGCGGAAAAGUUUCCUGUAUGGGGGCCGUCGCCACCUUCCUUGGCCCGUGCAGAUAGAGGCAUUGCUGGUAGCAAAGGAGCUCUUGCAGGAGAUGUGUGAGCAGAUGGGGGCAGGCGAACAGAAGGAGAUAGAGGACUUUGUUCUUUUUGCCAUCAGGCGUGACAACAAUAACCUCGAUAAAAUGGUGAGGCCGAUAAGAUCAGAGGAGUAUCUUCAUGAUUACCUGCUGGAGGACAAGUUGGUGACUGUGACUUUACGCAGGCUCAUCUGGAGGACAUCUCUGCAUUUUGAGAACAAAAUUUAUACUGAUGUUCAUUAUGGACAGAUGCGGUGGGAUUACCUGAAUGGGAGGAUACUGUUGAGCCACAGUAAAGAAAUGGAGAUGCAGGUGGGAAUUUUGGCAAUGCUCCAGCACUGGGCCAAAAGAGAGCAGCAGAACUCUGCUCCCUCCAGCUGGGCAGGGGGUGAAUUAGUAUCUGCUUGUUGGCACAGGGAAGAGCUGAAGGAGUACACGCCAAAGACCCUGCAGUCCUCCAUCAGUCCCCAGGCUCUGCAGAACCAUGUUGGCAUGCUGCUGAAAACCAGGCAGCCCCUCCAGCCAGUGGAUGCAAAAAUCCAGUUCAUGGAGCACGUGAUGAAAUUGCCUUUCUUUGGCUACAACACCUACUUUGUAGAGAAAGUCAGCGAUAACACAAUCCCUGUGCCCUGUUUCUUUGGCGUGAAUGAAGAAGAGAUCAUUGUGGUGGAUGGCACCACCCAGACGAUCUCCCGCAUCAUUCCAUUGGAAGAGCUGCAGAUGAUGCGAACCCUGCGACCUGUCUCUGAUGGUGGGCUUCCUGGCAUAGAACUGAACUAUGGCUCAGCUGCCAGCCCCAAGGCUAUGUGGCUUGAACUGUCACAGGCUAAAGAAAUGUAUCACACAAUUGUUGUCAUCCUGGAUAAAACAGACUUGCACCACUAA